GAGCAUUUUCCUCCCGAAAAUUAAAAGUUAUGCAUUUUAGGAAGAAAAUGAUGAACAAGCUAAAAGACAAGGUGAAUGCGGUCCGUUUCAAUAUACAACUUGAUGAAUAGUGAUUACUAAAGACCUAGCUGGAGAAUCCUUCUUUCAGCGUCUACCUCCCGGCGAUCUCGCUGCGACCUCUUGUUCUGCAUCAUUUCGAUUGUGAGAGUUGCAAUUCUGGAAAGGCUGUGUAUCUAUUCUUUAACAUAUCCUCCCUUCAGUAUUCCAUGUCUGCAAAUAUUUCUUUUCCCUUCAGUAGUCAUGCUGUUUUGAACCGUCAACCAAUUAUCCACUCCAACCAGCAAAGAGCUAAAAUCGUUUGCAAGGGUGUCAUCGAAGAUAAUAAACCGCAAGAAAUUGAGCGUUCAAGCUCCACUAUCAAAGCCCCUACGGCUCCAUGGAUGAAUGGUCCUCUUCUUGUUGAACCCAAACAUGUCUUGCAUUUCUCCAAAAGAAGAAGAAGAAAGAAAGGCACCGCCUCCUUGGCUGAAAAUGAAACUUCUGACAGUGAAUUGACGAGGAAGGAGGGUGGAGGAAGGUCCAAGAGAGCGAUGAAGAAAAUCUUUCUAGGUAUUAAUAAGCUUCAAGAAACUCUUCAUUUGGAAGCAGAGAAUGCGACAACGGGAGAGAAUGGAACGUUCAAAUUUUCGCCCCUAGUUUUGCUGGGAGAUAAUAGUGAUAAUAAAGAUUCUCCCCUUAGGGCGGGAGUAGACGAGAACGUGGAUGUUAUUCCUGAAGCAUUGGAGAAGACUCGCUUGGGAUUUUCAUUUGGGGAGAGUGGAGAAGGGAAAGGGAGUAGCAGAAUGCCCUGGAAGAGAGAGCAGGCAAUUGGGAUUAUUAAGAGAACGAAGAAGGAAAAGGUAAUGAUGGCAGAUGAGAUGGGCCUUGGUACAGAGUUACUUGAGAGGCUGACGGAUAUGGCUGCAAGGAUGAGGCAAUGGGUGAAGGUUAAGAAGGCUGGGGUGACUCAAGCCGUUGUUGAUAGAGUUCACUGUAUUUGGAGGACAGACGAACUUGCCAUGCUCAAGUUCGAUGUGCCUUUAUGUCGUAAUAUGGUCCGGGCUAAAGAAAUUGUUGAGAUUAAAACUGGAGGAUUUGUCGUCAUGAGUAAGAAAGAUGCCCUUGUUGUUUAUAGAGGGCAUAACUAUCGGCUAGGGUUGAACAGUUCUUCACAGAUGCAUCCCAAACUUGUUGAUCAUGGACGCGAUUCUACAUUAAGUACCAGUUCCCAUUGCAUAAAGUCUGUAUCUCAAAAAAACUCAGAACAAAGUGGCAUUGAUCAAAUGUGGAGAGUUGAAUCUGAAGAAGAGGGGCGUCUAUCUAUAGAUGGAUCACUCUAUCAACGAGAAGCUGAUAGAUUGUUGGAUAGUUUAGGACCUCGGUUUGUUGACUGGUGGUACCCAAAGCCUUUACCAGUCGAUGCUGACUUGCUUCCUGAAGUGGUUCCUGGAUUCAAGACCCCAUUCAGGCGUUGCCCUCCAUUUCUUAGACCAAAGCUGAUGAAUCAUGAGCUUACAUACUUGAGGAAGCUUGCUCGUCCUUUGCCCACUCAUUUUGUUCUUGGGAGAAACAGGAAACUCCAAGGUUUAGCGAAUGCAGUACUUAAAUUAUGGGAGAAAUGUCAUAUAGCAAAAAUUUCUUUGAAAUGGGGAGUCCCAAACACAGACAAUGAGCAGAUGGCAGAGGAGCUCAAGAGACUAACUGGAGGAGUUCUUUUAUUACGCAAUAAAUUCAUUAUAAUCCUAUAUCGGGGGAAGGACUUUCUUCCUUCACAAGUAGCAACACUAGUAGCUGAAAGAGAAGCAGCGCUUAUGAGACGUCAACUUCAUGAAGAAUUUGCUCGGCUAGAAACAACUGAACUCUUUUCUGCAACAUAUGAAGAUGCAGUUGACGCCAAGACAGUUGGAACAUUAUCUGAAUUCCGGAAUAUCACAGAUUAUGCAAAAGAUGAAAGCAGAGUUGAUGAGGUUAAGAAAAUUCAGGCAGAGUCUGAAAAGGCAAAAUUGGAAAAAGAACUGAGAAGUCAAGAGCAGAAGCGCUUCAUUCUCAAACAGAAGAUAGAAAAAUCAAUAAAAGUGUUAGAGAAAUUGGAUUCUGCAUGGAAACCUUCAAUGCUAGAUGAAGACAAGGAAAUAAUAACAGAAGAAGAGAGGGAAUGCCUGCGCAGCAUAGGACUAACUAUGGACAAAAGUUUGGUCCUUGGAAGGCGUGGUGUUUUUGAUGGUGUGGUGGAAGGCUUGCAUCAACACUGGAAACACAGGGAAGUAGUAAAAGUUAUCACCAUGCAGAGAACGUUUUCCCAGGUUCUUCACACUGCAGAACUUCUUGAGGCUAAAAGUGGUGGGGUUCUGGUUUCUGUUGAUAAACUUAAAGAAGGCCAUGCCAUACUGUUAUAUCGUGGAAAGAACUAUAAUCGUCCAAAGUCAUCGCCUCAAAAUCUUCUUAAUAAAGGAGAUGCAUUGCGCAAGUCACUUGAAAUGCAAAGACUUGGAUCGAUGAAGCUUUAUGCUAAACAAAAAGAGGAGACUAUCAUGGAUAUAAAGAACAAACUGAAAGAGUACAGAUGACGGUUUGCUGAAUUUCCCACAUUAACCUUUUAUAGAAGUGAGGCCCGAGGUAGCUGCAUUUGCACCCAAAACUUCUUCUAGAAGAUAUUUAAUCUGUGUAUUAGGGACUGGUGGGCAUUUGAAGAAGGCCUGGAAAAGAUCAUGGCAAUGUUCCUAAAUUUGCAGAAAAUUGCAACUGUAGCUGUGAAAUGGUCUGCUUGCUAGUAGCUUGUCUGAUAUUGGACAUUCUACGUAUGUAUGAAGCAUAUCGCCGAUGAGUGUUUCAGAUAUGAUGAACUUGUUCCUCACUAUUUCAAUCAAUGGUGGAUGGUUGUAAUUAAAAUCAAAACGCAGGAUUAAGAUGAAACAGAAGCAACCGAUCCAAGACAACCAUGGAAAGCGAGGAGGGAGGAGAUCAGGGACAGAGAGAGCGAAGUGAAGCCCAAAUUCAUUCUCCGUGUGAAAUAAUUUUUGGUCAAUUAAUAAAAGGAUGUAAAUUAAGAAAUAUUUACCAAAUUUGCCAUUAA